AUGUCCCUCUCUCUCUUGAAACAAUAUCUUCCAACCUCUCUCGCUCUGCUCCUCUUCUACGGCAGUGCCUCGCGCUUCACCCACGGCGCAACAUCAACCGCAUCUUUCUACCAAUAUCAAAACGACCGCAGUCCCGACGAUGGUUCAACCACAUCUCGAAUAAUCCCCAUUUGCGAUCUUCUUAUUGGGGCUGCCAUCCUGCGCCGGGGCUUGUCGUGCAAGAUUGCCACAUGCUUUGUAGCUACCGCCAUUAGCUCCGUGGCUGUUCAGCGUUUCUUGGGUGGCUUGGACUACCGAGGAGAUUUCUUUCAGGCUGUUUGGGCGACAGUCACCGCUGCUGUUGUUUGCCUGUAG